AUGCGUGGAACAUCGACGGCAUUUUUUAUGCUUGCCUUGAGUCUAUUCGAUCCAUUGGUAUUAUUAACAAAAAAUCUUGUUUAUAAAAAUUUUGCCGCAACCCAUCCGUUUCAUUGUAAAAUAUUAUAUUUUUUAAUUUAUCUUUUAACCUAUACUACUGUAUGGAUCUUAGUAGUAAUGACAGUCGAUAAAUUUCUUGCUGUUUGGUUUCCGUUAAAAGUAUUAUACUUCUGCACAAUAUCACGUGCCAAAUAUGUUUGUAUCAUUAUAUUGGGUCUAACAAGUUUAAUAUCGAUACAUCAUUUUUGGACUGUAACAAGUUUAAGCGAUUUUGAUUCGAAUUUAAAUUUAACCGUAAAAUAUUGCUAUUAUGAGACAAAUAAAUAUGAACGAUUCAUGACAAUAUGGCGUUAUGCUGACUUUUUUAUAUGGUGUUUUAUUCCAUUUAUUCUAAUAUUAACACUUAGUAUAUUGAUUAUUUAUAAAUUGCGAAGCAAAAAACCGAUAGACAAAAAUCUCACACCGAAAAAGUUUUAUACAAGCACAUUUUUAGGUAACAGAAAACUAGAAAAUAUCAAAGAUAUUGAAAUACGUAGUAAUCAGAAAACGGACGCUAUUCGACAUAAACAUCGCCAUAUAACAUUAAUGCUGUUAGCAGUGGCUGUUGUUUUUCUUCUUUUAACACUUCCGAAUAGCAUUUAUUUUGUUCUCGAUUUAACAUACGAUUUUACUAAUCGACCUACUGAAAAUAAUUAUACUCAAUGGCUUCGAUAUCGUCGUUUAACAAUAUUGACUGUCGUCAUGUUUCAAAUAAGUGAUUUGCAACAUACAAUGAAUUUUUUUCUCUACAUAUUAACAUCCCAUAAAUUUCGUCAAUCCGUAUUAUCCAUAUUUACCGUGAUACCGUUUUGUCGACAAAAAAUUCAACAAAAUUUAAAGCUAGAUACUACAACAACAACAACACCAACAUAUCUCAUAUCAUUUCGAUCGAGUACAUCUAAUUUAUCAACGACAAAUCAUCGUCAUCAUCAACAAAAUAGUAACAAUCAUCAUUGUCACCAACAUCAAAUGAGAAAUCCACAAAAAAGAACGGUUGUACGACCAAUAGCAAGUAGCACCAACACUAACUCUUCAAUGACCAAGCCAGAACAAUAUAAAUAUCGUGCUUUAUUCAACAAUAAAAGAUUUUCGAAUUCUACGCCAUCUCUCUGUUAA